AUGUCAGAAUCACUUGAAAGUAUUACUUUAAAUCAAUAUUAGAGUAAUAAUUCUAAGGACCUUAAUCUCUUUUAAUGUCGAAUUGUGUAGGAUUUUAAGAGGGUGAUUUUUUAUAACCACCCAGUUAAAAUUCAUACUCUGUUCCUGUUGAACUUUCUCCAAAUAAUCCAAUAAAAAAUUAAAUAAAAAAGACUUUGAUUACUGGAACUGGUAGGUAGAGUGUGUUUGAAGAAGAAUCUUCACAUCAUGGUAAACCUGAAUUUCUAAGAUUAAUUAUUGCAAAAAGCUUAUAAAAUAACUUUAUUAAUAAUCUAUGGAAUAAGUCAUACUUACGUAAAUUACAUUAAUUGACAGAGUAUCAAAUAAAGACAAUAGAUGAUUUAAGAUUUAGUAGUUCAGUUGCUGAGUCUGCUAAUGAUAGUUUGGAUGUAUUUACACCAUAUAGUAAAUUUAUAUUCUUUUGGGAUAUUUCUUAGAUUAUUUUAUAUUUGUUUAUAUUCUUUUGGUUACCUUUUAAAUUAUCAUUUGGAAUGAAUUAGAUUUGUGAAUUUUGGAAUGAAAGAGACAAUCAUUAUUUGGAAAUAAUCAUACUUAGUAUUUUAUCAUGUGAUGUAUUGGUUGGAAUGAAUAUGGCAUUUAUUCAUAAAGGAUAAAUAAUCAAAAAUAGACGGAAGAUUUUAUAAAAUUAUAUUAGAUAGUAUGCAUUUGUCGAUUUAGUAUUAUAUUAUUUAUUAUCUUGGUCUCAUUAGCAGUAUUGACAUUCCAUUUUUUUCUUCAUGAUAGUACAAAAUAAGCAACCACCUUAUUAAUAAUAUUUGCAGUUGUUUUUUAUAUAUUAAGACUAAAUAAAAUAGAAAAGAUACUUGCUUUAAUAUAAGAGUACAAUAAUUAAUAUAAUUAUUAGAUUUUUUAAUUUGAAUGGUUAAUUAAGUGAUCUACUUGCAUUAGUAUAAAUGAUUACAAUAAUUAUAUAUAUUAUUCACAUAUGUGCAUGUGUUUGGCAUGGCAUAGCUGAUAUUAAUUUACAUCCAAAUUGGAUAGAUUCAUAUGAAUUAAGAAACACAGAAUUUUAUGUUAGAUACAAUGUAGCAGUAUAUUGGGCAACAAUGACUAUGACAACAGUAGGAUAUGGUGAUGUUACUGCUAAAAACAAUAUUGAAACAGCUGUUAAUAAUGUUACAAUGUUAAUUGGUAGUAUUGUUUUUGCAUAUUCUGUAAAUAGUAUAGGAAUAUUUGUAUCUAAUCUAUAUAAGAGUAGAUAAGAAUAUAAUCAUACAGUAAAUUUAAUAAAUACAUUUAUGUCUAAAAACAAUAUUUAAUUUGAUCUUUAAACAAGAAUUCGAAGUUAUUUACAAUAUAUUUGGUAAGAAGAAUAAUAAAUGAAUGAAGAAGAAGUGGGUUCAAUUGUAUCAAAAUUAAGUAGUCAUUUAUAAGAUGAAUUGAAUUUUUAAUUAAAAGGAAACAUAUUAAAUUAAUGUAAAAUAAUAACAAAAACAUUUUCACUUAAAUUUAAAUAACAUCUAUUACUUGUUAUGGAAGAACAAAGUUUUUCUCCUGAAGAAAGAAUAAUAACGGUACUUAUAAACUAUUUAUAAUUAUAGUUAAAUUAAUAGGAUGAUAACUCUUUAUAUAUAAUAACAAAAGGAGAAGUUGAGAUUAUAUUUGAAGGUAUUAAUUAAAAUGGUGAUGUAUAAUAAAGAAAUAGUUUAUAAUGGUUGAAGGCUGGAGAUUACUUUGGUGAGAUAUCAUUCAUAACAGGUAAAUUAAGAAGUGCAUCUGCAAUUGCAAGAGGAUUUGUAAGAGUGUUUAAAAUAAAAAGAGAAUAAUUAUUAAAGAUUUUAACAUUAUUUCCUAAUGAGUAUGAGAAGUUUUGUUAUUUAAAAGAUUAAUUGAUGAUGAAAUAGUCAGUACCAUAAGCUAUAUCAUGUUAUAGUUGUAAGAGUGAUCAACAUCUUAUAAAUGAAUGUCAUUUCCAUCAUUAUUGUGCAGACCUAGAAUCUUUGAUAAAGAAAGAGUAUUUCCCAGUAGAAUAAAAGAGAAAAUCAUUUGAUAGAAGAAGUUACACAAGUAAAUUACAUCCUUGGUUAACUCAACAUAUCCUUACAAAUAAAGCAAAAUAAUAUGCUUUUACUAAUACAAUAACUGAAAAUGAUUCUGAAGACAAUGAAGAUGAAGAAAAUGGUAUAUAUUAAACAAGUGAAGAUGAAGAAGCUUAAAUGAGAGAUAAUUCAUAAUCUAUAAGUGCUACCCAACACUUAAAUGAUACUGAAGAUGAAGAUAAUAAUAAAAUUUAAAAAUAUAAAAGAAAUAUAGCAAUUCCACAUGAAACAAUAAAGACUGCUGGAUUUGGAUAACAUAAAUAAGAUAGAUAAUUAUAAUAAUAAGAUUCUCCUAAAACUGAAAGUUUGAUUGCAGAAUCAAAAAAAUUGAUCAAUACUUAUUAAAUAAAACCUCAUUAAGGAGAUAAUAGAACUAAUCCUAAGACUUCAAAAAAAAGAAUUACUAUUAUUAAAGAAGUAUAAGAGGAAAGAUAAGGAUCAGAAUAAUAAUAGAAAACAUGUAUUAUAUUUAAUAUGUAUAUUCUAUAGUUCGUUAAGCUACAAAGAAGAGAACUAAAACUGCUAGAGGAGUUAAAGAUCAUAGUUUAUUUACAGAUGGAUAUAUGAACCAAGAAACUUAGAUAGGAACUUAUUUUGAUAAGAUGUAGAUAUUUAGUUACUACUUUCCAAUAAAUAAUUAUGAUGUUAUUCUAAAACGCUAUGCCAAAAUUUAGAAAUAAUUUGGUAAGAAAAGAUUGUUCCCUGAAUCUUCAAUUUAUAGUUUUUUUAUUUUGACAAUAAAAAAAGGGUAUAAAUUGAGAAGACUAGGAGAGGAAUUAUAAAAUCAUGCAGGACCCUAGAAAUAAAUAUAGCAAUCAAAAAAGACUCAUAGAAAAUCGAAACCCACUUUAUUGUUUGGAAAAGACUUUAUAAUGAAUAAUAAUAUAAAUGUGUGAUUCUUCUGAUAGUUUAUUUAGGAAUAAUUUCUAAGAUGGAGAAUUCCAAGGACCAACUCCUCAUCUUCUAAGCAACAAAGUUGUUUUAUAAUAAGGAGAUAUUCAAGGAGGAAGCUGUAAUUCAUUUACUACACCAGAAUAAUUGUUAAUCUAGAACUCUUAAGCACGAACUCCAAAGAAUAUGGAAAGAAUUAAAACAAUGGGAGGUAGAAGAUCAGAAUAUUAAUCUGCUUAUGAUUAAGAGGAUGCAGAAUCUAUAAAAGAUAGCAAACCGUAAUUUCUAAGGUUAAUAAUUGCUAAAAGUUUGUAAAACAAUUUCAUUAAUAAUUUAUGGAAUCGAUCUUAUUUAAGGAAAUUACAUCAAUUGACAAAGUAUUAGAUAGAGCAAUUAGAUGAUUUAUAAUUAGAAUAAGAAUCUUUUACAAGUCUAGGACAUUAAAAUAGUAAAUCUUUUAUUUAAUCAUUGGCCUUUUGGAGAUUUAUUGAUGUGUUUACACCUUAUAGCAAAUUUAUAGUGAUAUGGGAUGUAUUUUAAAUAAUAACUUACAUAAUGAUAUUCUUUUGGUUACCGUAUAAAAUAUCAUUUUAAAUUUAUUUCAUUAGUUAAUUAUUUGAAAUGGGAAAUACUAAGAUUAUAGAGAUGAUUUUAUUAUCAAUUUUAGCUUUGGAUGUUGUAGUUGGUCUGAAUCUGGCUUUUAUUUACAAGGGUCAAAUUAUAAAAGACAGAAAAAGAGUUAUAAUAAAUUAUUUCAAUUAAUAUGCAUUCGUUGAUUUGGUAUGA